AUGGGAAAUCCGAUUCAUCAAGUGCUAAACAAAUUAUCUGAAAUAUAUGGUCUAGUCAUGCUUCUACAACUUGGUCAUGUACCAAAACUGGUAAUAUCCUCCGUUGAAGCUGCCGAACAAAUCUUGAAAACCUUCGAUCUUGAGUUUUGUACUAGGCCUUCACUCGUUGGACUCAAAUGCAUAUCGUAUAAUCACCUGGAUAUUGCUUUUACGCCUUAUGGGGAGUAUUGGAGAGAGAUGCGGAAAAUAUGCGUGCUUGAACUUUUUAGUACAAAACGAGUGCAGUCUUUUAAAGCAGUCAGGGCAGAGGAGAUUGAUGUAUUGAUUGAUUACAUAUUAUCUUCUUCGAAUGCUACUCAUGUUGAUGUUUUUGAUAAGUUUACAAGUUUUACACAUAGAACAAUUUGUAGGUUUCUUUUGGUAGCAAGAUUGGUUAUCAUAGUAGGAAUCAACUGGUUAAUGUCAGGCUUACGAAAAUUCUUUAUGAGGUCAUGGCCGUCACGUCUGGUUUCUCUGGGUCGAUUUCUUUGCCAAGGUGGGUUGGAUUAUUGA